AUGGAGUCCGAGGAAAUCGAAUUCAAAUUAAUCGACAAGACGAAAAAGAUCGAAGCAACGUUAAGUUCUAGACAACCGCAAAAUACCAACGAAGCAUCGAUCAGCCAUUGCGACCGAUUGCGACAAGUGAAAUGCCCCAAGAAAAUACGAUUGCAACUAAUACACAAGAAAUCCCUUCUUCGACACCCAAUGGCAAUGUAA